ACCUUUUGCCAAAUGCCGAACAUAUGCAUCAAUUGAGUCUGACCAAACCCAGCCAUUGCUCUUCCUUUCUUCUACUCAGCAGACGCAUAACGCAAUUCAAUCUCUUACAGACUUUUUAGUUUCAGAACUCUGUUCCAUACCCAUCCAUCAACACAAUCUUCUCACCUUGGGUUGCCCACUUCACAAAAGCCCCUGUUUUUACUGUUUCUGCUGUGGUUUUGCUUCGCAACAGAGCAAUAAAACCACCUCCACUUGUCAUCAUACUUAAUGAUAGUUUCAUCCAAAACAGGAUAGCAAGUGAUUUGAUUACAAAAAACACAAAUGUAUCCAAAGGUGAAGGUGAGAACAGAUGGGCGAGACGAUCAACAUGCACACGACUGGAGUUCUUUGCUUUCCUUGAAAGAUAUCCAGUUUCUUUGUUUGCAGGAUUCUUGCGUUCCAGUGAAGGGGCACCAAGAUGUUUCUCCACCAAUCGUAGCCAGAAUUCCGAAGUCUUAUGUACCGAAUGUAAUCAUGCCAAAAGUUUUUGUUUCUGAAGAAGCAGAGAAGAAAAGCAAUUCUACCGAGGAGGAUAGACUGAAUAUUAGAGCCAGUUCGAUCCCACGUCCACGUGCUGUCUUAUCUAGUCCUGACAAUGAUGCGGUGAUUGGAAGUAACAACAGGACUAAAGUGGCACGACCUACAGCUUCAAAGAAUAAUAAGCUGAUGGAAAGUAGACAUGAACCAUGUAAAGCUGUCCCCGGUCAAAUCACCGAUGCAAGUCCAACAAGUACAAGGAAGUCCAAGAACACUUCUGAUAACAAGAGUGAGCUUAAAGUAAAGAAAUGGUCACCACCUGAAGCAUCCGGCCAGAGAAGAAAGAUCGCAACCGAUAAACCACGUUUCAUGAGAAUCUAAUUGUUUGAUUGUACACACUGGAUCGACAGUUGAGAUCAUGAUAGCUAUGAUUAUAGCUAGGGCAUUUUUGUUUCCUAAUGGAAGCGUGAUAACAUCAGUUGCAAUUUUGCUAUGCUGUAAUAGAAACCACAUGAAGAGCAGUGUUCACAUAACAGAGUCCUUACAUUAUGAGUUUGUAGCCCAGAAGAAGAAAUCCUCACAUUAUGAGCUUGUAGUUCAGGGGAAUCCAGAGAAAGGGAGAUCAGAAAGACCAGCCAGCCCGCACAAAUCAUCGAUGAUACAUGGGGCAGUUGCAGGCAUGGCUCUCCAGCCAAAGUCCAUGGUGAUUCGUGGAGCAAACAAACUCAGACUAUAUGUUCAGUAUCAUCAUUUGACGCGUACAUGAGAGUGGCAAAACAGUACAUGGAUGCAUGGAUGUCACAGGAUGAGUAACAUCCAAAAUAUCCCAUAGCAGCCAGAUCGUGUCCAACAUCUUAUUGAAAUUGUUGAUCCAGACUACCCAGGAGCAAAAUUACUUGUGAUUUAGUAACAGUAGAUCUCCUUACAACUCGCUUCUGCAUUAAAAGCACAGAAGUAGUUCUUGAGAACCAAACUUUUAACUUCCUUAAGAAGAUAUGCCAGAACCCUUAUGUUUCUUGGCCGCA